AUGAACCAAUUUACGAAUGACGAGUAUGUACUCGCUUAUCAUGGUCCAUUACUCUAUGAGGCUCGUAUCAUCUUAGCUGAAAAUUGGGAUGAAAACAAUACGUUAUUAGGGACUGUGGGUCCACAUUAUUUCAUCCAUUAUAAAGGAUGGAAGACUACAUGGGACGAAUGGGUACCUGAACAAAGAUUAUUGAAGUUGAAUGAAGCUGGAUUCGCAAAACGAAGAGCAUUAUUAGAUGCCCAUGCCAAGAAGAAUAGACCUCCUUCAAUCGCUGGUUCAUCUACAACUUCACCAGCGCCAGCUACUAUUAAAGGUAAAGAGAAAAGUGGGAAAAAGAAUGAAACCAAGAAAAGAGGUAGAGAAUCAGUUGUAGAGACUGAAGCUUCGUUCCUCAAUAGACCAGAAGUAAAGAUUAUUAUUCCUGAAGUACUCAAAUUACAACUUGUCGACGAUUGGGAGAAUGUAACGAAAAAUAAUCAACUCGUGACAUUACCUCGUAAACCAAACGUAAGAGAAUUACUGGAAGAGUAUAGGCAAUUUGUGAAUGCUGCUAAGAAAACACAAGAGAGAUCUGCUCGAGCUACGGCUCUUCUCUCGGAAAUCAUUUCAGGUAUCACACUCUAUUUCGACAAAGCACUGGGAAACAAUUUACUUUAUCGAUUUGAAAGAGCUCAGUACGUAGAACAGAAGAGACAGAAUACAGAUAAGCCAAUGAGCGAGAUCUACGGUGCAGAACAUCUUCUCAGAUUGUUUGUCAAUUUUGGCCCGUUUAUCGCUUACACCAAUAUCGAUACUGAAUCACUUAACAUAUUACGUGAAUAUAUCAAUGAUAUCAUGAAGUGGAUGAUCAAAGAGCAGAAGAGACUGUUUGUCAAAGAGUACGAAGCUACUUCUACUCAUUAUCAGAACCUAUCACGGACAUAG